AAAUGAUUAUAGUGCAUUGUUUUUGUUGGCAUUACAUGUCACUGUGCAGAAAGGCUUUGUGCAUGAGAGCCAUAGAUUAUUGGGAAAACUCGCAUAGGCAUAGUCAUCUUUACUGGUGUCCGACAUUUGUUGCUACGACAAAGAUGUAUGAAAGAGAGCAGGAUCACCAGGCUCAAUCAAUUAAGUUCUGGAAAAUGUUUGUGAGGUUGUGAUCUAACAAGGGGAGAUAAUUAGAUCUGUUCUAUCUUGGACACAUCAUAAUGACAACAGAAUUGGUGUCUGUUUUUUCUGACAGGAUGCCCAUCAAGGGAAAGUAUGUUGCUGGUAGACAGGUGUCCCGGUGGGAUGCAGAGUCUGACAAUGUGGACAUCCAGUAUCGUCACCUAGACAACCCAGCCUCGCCUGGCCUGUCUGAGUUCUUCUCUGGCAGGAAAGGCAAUUUUCUAAAAGUCCUACUCCUCAUUGUGUGUCUCUUUAUGGGCCUUAUCAUUGGUUAUGUCAUCAGAAGAAAUAUACAUGAGAAGUACAUCGCUCCCUUCAACAAUCAGACGCCUACACCUGUGUCAUCAAUAUACCAGGAUUAUGACCCAAAUAUCAGAAAAAUGCUGCAAGAAGACCUCCAGGACAUUGUUAAUAUUGAAGAUCACGUCCAGACAUGGACAGGAUGCAUUGGACUGGCAGCUGUUGGGUCUACCUUGAAGGUUGUCAUGGGAACACAUGACAUGUGGCAGUAUUUCCCUCUUGAUGACCUCUCCUGGACCAACUACUCAGUGCUACUGUCAUAUCCAUUUCUCCAGAGUCCAAAUAGAACUGCUAUAACACUGGAACAGCCAGACGGCACCACCAUCUGGAAUGCAAGCUUCCAUCUUUCCUCUGAGCAUCCAGAGCAAAUGCCCUUCAAUGCUUUUUCACCUGAGGCAUCUGUCAAGGGAAAAUUAGUGUUUGCCAAUUUUGGAAGGAAAACAGAUUUCCAUACUCUAGACAGCCUUGGCGUCUCCAUCAAUAACAGCAUAUUACUGAUCAAAUACGGCAAGAUCCACCCAGCCAAUAAGGUAAAACAUUCUGAAGAAAAUGGAGCAGCAGGAGUCAUACUUUAUCCUGAUCCUUUGGAUUUUGCCAACAACAAUACAGAAGCAGUGUACCCCAGCACAUGGUGGCUGCCUGGGUGGGCAGUGCACUCACACCAUGUCAGAUACAGCUUAAUGGGGGACCCACAGAGUCCAGGCUAUCCAUCACUAGAUGGUGUGUAUCAUCAACCUAACCCCGGGGAGAAUUGUCUAGGAUGUCCCAACAUUCCAGUACAAUCUGUAUCAUAUGAUGACGCUAAACACUUAAUGAGGUCAUUAAAUGGCAGUUCAGUGCCAGAUGACUGGAUUGGGGGUCUAGGGGUACCAUACAAAACAGGACCAGGUCACAUUGAUGACAGGUUGGUGAAUUUAACAGUGAUUAGAAAGCUGGUACAGAGAAAAAUUUCAAAUUUAGUGGCUGAAAUCAAGGGGAAAUAUGAAAAAGAUAGAUAUAUAAUAAUUGGAGCACAUAUUGACUCAUGGAAUAAAGGGGCUGUAGACUCCGCCAGUGGGUAUGCUGUGUUGUGGGAACUUUUACGCACUUUCAGUUUUCAUACACAAAAAGGUUACAGGCCAAGAAGAACUUUGAAAUUUGCAUUAUGGGAUGCAUCUAAAUACGGACAUGUUGGUUCAUUUGAAUGGGUGCAGGAAAUGGAGAAGGAGUUAGGACUGGGAGCUGUGGCCUACAUCAAUCUGGACACAGUUGUUAGAGGAAAUUACACUUUCUUUGCCGAGAGUAGCCCUUUGUUGCGGGAUGUGAUUCGACAGGCAUCUAGUACUGUGAAAUGUUCUGAUCCGGAUCAUCAGGACCAAUCCGUGCUGGAGAGGUGGACCAGGACAUACCAAGACCCAGAAAAUCCAUCACAGCCAAAGAUUGAGGGUUUGCAGGGGGACAGUGACCACUCCCCAUUUUACUACUACAUGGGUGUGCCCUCCAUCUCCCCAGCAUACACCUAUAACCCUAAGAAAUAUCCAAACCUUCCAAGCUACCCUGCCUUCAACACCAUGGAGGACACCAAAGACUAUCUUACAAAUUUUACAGACAGAAACAACUACACCCUACAUAUCAAAGUGACACAGAUUGUGGCUGAUGUUAUUCUCCGGCUGUGUGAUUCUGCAGUGAUUCCCUUCAAUGUGCAAAAUAUAGCUGAUACUCUUAUCACUGGCAAAAAUAAAUUAAAGAAAAUCAAUUCUACAUAUGUGGCUUUAGAUUUUCUAUUCACAGAAAUUGACAAGUUUUCAGAGAAAGCCAGCCUAUUACAUGCAAAGUUUAAAAAUCAGGAUAAAUCAAAAUUAAAUGAAGAGGUUCUAUACGAUAUAAAUGACAAACUAAUACAACUACCAAGAAUAUUUAUUGUUAAUGGAGGUCUUCCAGAAUUUCCUCAGUAUAGAAAUGUUCUUGUUGCACCACAUCCAGAAAAUUUGUACAAGACUCAGAUAUUUCCUGGAAUUAUAUGGGGUUAUGAGAUUGGGCAGACUACUGGGGAUUGGUCCAGGAUGCACAUUCAGCAGUCGUUACUGGCGGUAGCCGUCCGGCAGGCUAGAUAUAACAUACAGGCGAUACUAACAACAUUAAAAAGCCUGUCAUAGCAUUCCAUUUGUCACUUUUUGUCAGUGUAAUGUGUUGUGACUUUCUCUUCUAGACAUGCUCAACUGCUGAAUAGAAAUUAUACAACUAGGAAGAGAAAUGAACAUUUCAACUGGUGGUUUUUCCAAAACAAAACAAAAAUCCAGAAAUAUCAUUUUCUGUCAUGUAGUAUUUGUCUCUAGUAUGAAUCUUCAUUAAGAAAACGGAUACCAAAAUACACAAUACUCAGAGAAUUUUUUAUGUUUAUAAAAUAUACUAGAGUUGAAUGUAUUGACAUUAAGGUGGCUCAUUAUACCUUGAAAGAGUUUUCUCAAAUCAGCAUGAAAUAUUUAAUCAUGAAAGAUAUGAUGAUAUGUAAUAAGUGCAAAUGUCAGAAAGGCAGAAAAUGUGCAAUUUGGAUUUUCAAAAACUUGAUUUUUAAAAACUUAUUUCAAUAAACAUGAACGAUAGACUCUGGCAGAUUUGAACUCGGGAUCUUUGGGUCACAGCCAGAUUCUUUAUCCACUGAGCUACAAUGAUACCGAUCGAUCCAAAUAAUUUCACAAAACAUCUAAAUCGCCACCUUGUGACAUAAUGUCAUUAAAGUAUAAGUCUUGAUGUAAUGAGCUACCUUAGACUUUGACAGGAAUUUUUCAACACUUCAAUGUACAUGUAUUUUUGAUGGCCUUGCCAGUGUUGAUGACAUACAUGUAAUUGAGAAGCACCAGUUGAAUAGAAAACACUCCCAUAUGUUUUGUUAUCUGUUUCCAAAACAGAUCCAGUUCUUAUGUAUUCAACUUUUAUCAAUUUGAAUAUUUUAUCUGCCAGGUGUUGUGAAUUUCACUCAGCUGACUACAGCAUUUUCUCCUAUUUAACUUGACACUGUUGUCAGCAUUUAAAUCAUUCUAAUAUUUUUUACUGUCUCUAAAAUCCAACUCUUCCAGAAUUAUUAUGUACUUAUUUAUACAAGCAUUUCUUGUCCCGUCUUAUAUUAUCAUUUUUUUUUAUUUUGGAGUUAUAUUGUUUGAAAUUGAUGUUUCUGUGGGCAUUUUUUGAAUUGAUCAGGUUCUGUAGUUUUACAGGGACCAUUUUACUAAUUAAGUGAUCUUUUUUGCAUUGUACCUAAUAUUACAACUGAUUCAUAUAAUUAUGAUUCAUUGAAUUUUUAUGUGGUUUGAUGAUUUUCAAAAUUGACUAUACUCAGCAUUUUUUUUAUCUUGUGGAUUAGAGCUCAAAUGAUCAAACUAUGUUUCGUUUUUACAAGGAACACUCAUUAAAGUGAUGGCUAAAGAGAUCUGAUGUGUUCAAUACAAAGGGGCAUUGGAGUAUUUUUUUUUUUUUUAUUUAUUACUCACCUGAGCUUCUCUAAUCAAGUUUUGUCCACAUUUAUGUAUAAACUUUUGACUUCUCCAGAACCAUGCAAUGGUCAGUGUCAGCUAAACCUUCCUCAAAUCAUCCUUUGAUUCAAGCUCCCUGUUUCAAAGGGAGAUAUAAUUAUGAAAUAGUGAAAUUAGAGUAGGGUCAAUUGAAAAACUUUCCCAAGUUUACUAGAAUCAUGACCAAUGGAGCCACAAUAGGGGUCUAAAGUUUUACAUUGGAAUAUACAUAUUAAUUAAUAAAAAUAUUUAAAUUCUCAAUGACAAGAACAAAAGUCAUAAUUUACUGUGUACAAAGCCAUAAACACAUGGUCACCUAGUUUUGUCACAAAGGAGAAGUUGUCUGCAUGAAAUUUAAAGUAACAAAUAUUUUGUGAAAAUUCAUACAUAGUGUUCAGAAAUAUGUAUGGUAUGCCCAGAGAACAAACAUAUCAGUUUCUAUAAAUUCAUUAUUUUAUUCAUGUUGAGCUAAACUUUCUGGUGAAGUGAAAGCAUUGAUUUGUUACAUGUGUAUCUUGAAACUGUCAUUUUAUAUUUGUUAAUGUGUAAAUAUUAUACACCAAACCUAUUCUGUUAUAGUUCUGUAGAUUCAGGAAUAUUUAUUUUCAUUUGGGGUGUUGCCUGGUACAUUGUAUGAUAGAGGGAAGAUUAUCAUUUAGCUCAUCAGAGCUGAAAGCUCAAAUGAGUUUUUUGUAUUUAAAUUUGUCUGCCAUCUGUAAACUUGUCAUAUUUUUAGCUUCUUCAAGAAACACAGGACCAAUUUGAUUUCAUACCAAACCUGGCACAAGCAUCCUUGGGUUAAGGAAAGAAGCCUUUGAUGAAGAUGAAGGAUGAUCAAAUGAAGGGCCAAGCUCUCUUUUGAGACGAUUAGGAAAUGUAAAAAUGGAUGAGGGUGUUUUAAAUCUUCUGAAUAACCACUGGACCAGAAAAAAAUGUAACUUGCAUAGAAGCCUAUAUUGGAAGUUUAAGUUUGUUCACACCAUGAUUCACAAAGCCAGGAUUAGGCCACAAUGGGGGUUAACAGAGAAAUAUAUAGAAAAAUUCUUUUUAAAGAACCAUAAGGUACAGUUCUAAGCACCCUCAAGUGGAGUAGAUUCAAGUCUGGUCAUAACUGUUAACAUGAGUCAGGGCAGGGCUAUAGUAGGGGUUGAAAGAUUUACACAGGAGCAUCUAAAACAAAUUGUAAAAAUCUUCCCAAGAACCAUAUAACACAAUUUGUCAAAUUAAUUUUAUUCUGUGAAUAUUGUCUUCUCAAGUUAAUAUACAAGCAUCUUCUUGUAGUAUAGAUUCCAGUUUACUCCAUCAUGGCCUGUCAUGGUGGGAUUUUUAAAUUAUAUGUAGGGGUAUAUAUAUGGGACAAUUCUUCUCGAGAUCCACAAGGGUACUGUUAGUCAAAAUAAUAAGCAAGCAUUCACCUGUAGUGGAGGUUGUUCACACUUUGAUGACUGUAUUCAGGGCGGGGCCACAGUAAGGGGUUCAGUGUUUUACAUAGGAAUGUGUAGGGAAGUUCUGUGAAACAUUCUGUUUAAGAAUAUGUAAGAUUUGUUUACACUAUGCUUUACUUGGUCAUAUUCUGGAUUUAAUGCUUUUACAUGGGGAAAUGCAACUGCCUGGGUGAGUGAUGUGGAUUAUAGGCUUCUUGUUUGAAGCAGAGAGCUCAAUUUCCAUUUGUCAAACAAGGCUGUCUUUGUUUUGCAUAAAAGCAUAGUGCUUGCAUGAUCCAUGAACAUUUAAUAGAAUUUUCAAAAAAUGCAAAGUUGAUGAUUUUCCCUUUUCAGUACAAAGAUUAUUUAAAAAGUGUAUGAGGAAUUUAAGGUUUAGGACUAAAGUGUAAUUUUAAGUAUAAUUUGUACGUAAUGUCAUCACAAAGUAUGUCAUUAUAUCCAUUUUGUCAAAUUUUCAUUCAAAAGUGCAAGAUAUUUUUAUAGAUUUUGUACAGAGCACACCUGCAAUCUAAUAUUCAUAAAAGUUGAUUGACAGAAGUGUUAUUGAUACUUGUUACACAUCAUGUAUUUGUUUGGAUCAAGGGCUGUGCUCAUAUUCAAAUUAUUUAUAAUAUGAUAUGUCAAAAUACAGUAUUUCCCCACAGAAAUUUCAAGCUAUACACAUUUUCAUGCCCCAUUCUUCCAUAAAAGAAAUGUUUUAUAGCCAAUAAAAAAGUCAUUACUUUAUAUUCAUGCUUAGAAUUAGGCAUAUGUAGUAAGUUUGAACUACAAAUUGACAGGACAGUAUGCAUGAAGUGAGCUUAGUUGUAUGUUCCAGUACUAUCCUAUUAAAGCAGUGAAAUUUUGGCAUGAAAAAUGACUGAAUAACCAAAGAGGAAGGUAUGCUACCUUUUUCAAUUUCCCCUUCUUUUUGUUGGUGUAUUUUAAUUAGUUGAUAUGCAGAUAUUAUUGGCUCUGUUUUACAGUAGAGUACUUGUAUCAUCUUACUGAAUAUCAAAAGCAUAUCAAUUAUGAUAUCAUAGAAAUGUGGGUUUUACAACUUUUCUUUUAUCACUUUAGCCAAAGACACACAUUUUCUAAGGAUUUUAGUUUGAUAAAAUAUUCAUCACCCACAAGCAAAAGUAACACACAGUGUGUAUGAUUGAAUGUAUCAUGUUGCAUGAAAUGUCUUAAAAUUAGCAUAGGCAACAGCUGUGCACAUUUCCCAAGUGAAAAACUGGGGAAAAUGAAUUUUUGUUUGUUUGAAUAUUAGUUUUGUCAAUUUGAUAAUUUUGAAAAACUGUUUAUUUUUUAAGGCUGAUAAAUGUACCUUCUUCUUGUGCUCAGAAUUUGUCAAAAGAUACAUGUAUGGUGCCAAAAAUUAACACUCAUAUUUUGUUUUAGGAGUUGAGGUGUUCUACUUUUUAACUCAAAGCACAAAUGAAUUUUUCUGAUCAAAGUCUGUAAAAUUUUCAAUUCAUUUUAUUAAGAGCAACAUUGCCAAUUUCAGCCCAACUUAGCACAAAGCAAAUGCCCCUACUUAGGUUCAUUAUAUAAAGAAAUAGUAGUAGGGUGUUUUUAAAAUAAAUUUUCUGAAGAAAUUGGGCUGUUCCAGAAAAGCCCAAACUUGCAUGUGUUCAAAUCAUGACACUUGGAGCCAAAAUACAGGGUAUGGAGCCAAAAUAGGGGGUACAAGUUUUACAUAGGAAUAUAUAGGAAAUUCUUUAAGAGUCUUCAUCUCAAAAGCCACGAUUUGUCAGAUUGAAGUUGACACAAUGACCCACAACAGUAAGGCCACACCCAGGGUUUUCACAACAGUAAGGCCACACCCAGGGUUUUGACUGCUCAAAUGAGUAAUGUUGGCUUCAUGUAUUUAAGAGUGUUGAAAAUGAUCUGAAGGCAUUUUACUGGAAUGAACUUUUUUAAUAUACAUAUUUUUGAUUUUAAGUAUUGAAUAUUUGAUAUCCUUUUAAAAACAUCUGUACAUUUUGCAUAAUAAUAUAUUUUUGUUUGGUUUUUUCAGUUGCAUGAUAUCUUUGGUUGUGAUAAAUUGUUAAAUUACUUGAGAAUUACGCUUUUGCAUUGAUAUUAAAUAUUUCCGAUA